GAGAAGAUCUGUUAGGAUUACUGAGCCGUCGGCUCCCGAGUUUCCCCCGAGCCUAUUUGGCCGCACCACAGAAACUGCGGGCCGUGAACACCAUGGCUAGCGAGAUCGACAACCUGAACAGCCACGAAGCAAAGACGGUAUGCGAGGCGUUGGGGCGCUAUGAAGACACGUUGCGAGGCGCUGUUCGGGAGAUCCAUGUGGACAUUCAGGUGUUCAAGCAAGGCGUGAGUCGGCAGGUGGAUGAGGUGCUGCGCCUCGCCAGCCCCCUGGCUCGCAGCGUCUCGGAGCUGCAGCAGGAGAACCAACGCCUGCGGGUGCAGCUGGAGCGUCUUGCUCGGCAGGUGGAGGCCCUCAGCCGGUCGGCGGGGCUGCCGCAAGAGUGGCAGGAGGAGGCAGAGAGGAGCCCUCCGGCUGUGGGACCCAGCUCUCCAGUGCCGGCUUUUUCUGCAGACAGGUUCUCCACCCUUGCGAAGCUAGCAGUGUCUGGUCGGAGCCAAAGUGUAGACCUGGAUGACCACCACAAACCUGAGUUUAGAAGAGUUUGCAGUUCUUCCAUCAUUGAAAAUGGGCAUCAGUCUUCAUCAGGUCAGGCAAAAGCCUCCCAUCAGCUGCCCUCUUCUUAUAGGUCAGACUCUUCCCCUGAGGCCCAUGCUCCUGUAAUGACCUUACAGAUGCCCCACCUUCCUGUUACUGCAGUAACCAGAACAUCAGAGAAGUUUUCAGGAGAAGCUGCUCAUUCAGCAGGAACAACUGGUGCACCCACUGGCCUGCUUGGACAAAGCCAGAGCAAAAGUGAGAUGGCAUUGAAAGCUUCUAACCAGACAGUGAAUGCCACGUCUGUCACUAAGCCUGUCUCUACUGCAAGCUAUGAAGCAAGCAGUGGAAACAAAACUGGUGAAAGUGCAACUGAUAAUUUCUGUGGUGUGACGCCCAAGCCUCACUCCUCUCCUCCUGCUGUACAGCGUCAAGUCGAAAGAAGGCGAGAACUGGUACGGUCUCAGACGCUUCCACGAACUGCAGGAACACAGGCCAGGAAAGCGCUUUUUGAGAAAUUUGAGCAGGACAGUGGGAAAGGAAAAGGACAAUCCAGACCUAAACUGAAGAGAUCACAGAGUUUUGGGGUUGCCAGCGCUAGCAGCAUUAAGCAAAUUUUGUUAGACUGGUGUCGCUCAAAAACCAUAGGAUACAAGCACAUUGAUCUCCAGAACUUCUCCUCAAGCUGGAAUGACGGGAUGGCAUUCUGUGCUCUUGUACAUUCUUUCUUUCCUGAAACUUUUGAUUAUAAUAAGCUUGAUCCAGCUAACCGCAAGCAGAACUUUGAGCUGGCUUUCACCAUGGCUGAGAAAAUGGCUCACUGUGAUCGUCUGAUAGAAGUGGAUGACAUGAUGAUGAUGGGCCACAAGCCAGAUCCCAUGUGUGUCUUCACUUAUGUCCAAUCUCUGUAUAAUCAUCUACGGCGCUUUGAGUAAAGCCAUCACCACCCAUCCAGCCAGAAUGAUCAAGUACAUUGUGCUAAUGGGAAGACUGACAUUUUGCAAAUAGAACACCGUUAGUUCUUGCAAGCAUGUGGACAGUGAAAAGCAUUCAAUUGUAUUUGCGGACUGAAGUGUUGCUGAGCAGUGCCUAUGUACUUUUGGUGCUAAUAGUAGGUUUAAUUUUUAAUAUUCUCUCAAAGGUUACAGGAAGCUGAAUCUCAGCUCCUGUCUCUGUUAGAAUUACAGAAUGGCUUGGGUUGGAAGGGACCUUAAAGAUCAUCUAGUUCUCAUCCCACCGCUGUGGGCAGGGUUGCCACUCGCUAGAUCACGUCGCUCAAAGCUUCAGCCACCCUGGCCUUGGAUACUUCUGGGAAUGGGGCAUCCAAAACUUAUCUGGGAAACCAGUUCCAGUUCCUCGCUGUCUUCAUGGUAAAUAAUUUCUGCCUAAUAUCUAAUCCAGAUCUCUACCCUCUUUUGGUAGGGUAACUCCUUGUCCUGUUGCUACAUUACUGGGCUAGAAACAGUUUUAUACGCUGACAAGUAAUUCUGCUAUGAAGAUGUUCCCUCCUAAAAAUACAGGUAAAACUCUAGGAGGCAGCUACUUCACUUCCACUUCUUUGCUCAGUAUCCCACAGAAAUAAUAGACAAGAAAGAUCCUGUUUAGCAAAUUUAGCAAUAUUACCCCUCCACCAUCUCCAUCCCACUCCAGCGAAUGCGUGCGUGCACACAUGCGCGUGUGAAAUAGGCACUAUUCUGAGCUCUGGAGAGCAGAGGCCCAGCGUGGACAGGAAUGAAGCCUUUACAGCUUCAGUCCCCGUGUUCUCUCUCUAAUGUGGCCAGGCAGUGUUCCAAAAAAAAGUGUGAAAUACGUGGGAGCUCUAAAAUGCCUCGGGCUAGUAUCUGGUUUCAAUUAAAUGAAUGUUAAGUCAACAGUGUCUCCAUUAACUAGAGUGGGUUUGCGCCAGAAUUGCUAGACGUAAAGUUCAUGUUUUAUCUUUUCUGACUUUCUGUUUGCUAAAUCAACAUAGCUUUGUUCUCCCAUUGAACGCUGUAAACAAAAACACUAAAUAAGCAUAUUUUUUUUUCUAGGGCCUUUUAAUGUAUUUCUAUUCUAAGAAUAGUCUAUAUAAAGUAAAAACGGCCAGCCGCAAGCCCUCAACUCAUGCUAGAGAAUGGGUUUUUAACCUGCAUUUAUUUAUGCUCUUUGUAGAUAGUUACAAAGAUGACUUUGGCUCUGUGUUGAUGACAGUUCAUAAUGAAACAUAUAAAAUGUUCUUUAGAAUUACUGCUUCUUUAUAGAAGGAUUUUAUUUUAUCCUUCCUUUCCAGUGAAGUUUACUUAAGAAACCAUGAAUGAAGCAACCGCUUUAUCAGACAAAGUCUGAAAAGAAAAAGCCAUGUAAAGGUAGAGUAUAAGCCACCUGCUGAAGAGCUGGAUCACCAAAAGCUGUUUGCAGUGUGCCCAGCCUGUUUCUACAACACGCUGGAAACAGCUUGAAAGCGUGUUUGAAAUGUGCAUCUUAGUAUGGUUCUGAAAGACGUGAUUAAACUGGCAGUGAUCCCAGGCACUGCUCAUACAGGUUUAGUGCAAGUGGGCAGAGGGCAGGCAAGGUGUUUGUAAUGUGUCUGCCAUUGCCUUUGGUUCCUAACUUUCUUGAAUGAUCAUAGUUCUGAUGGAUAAAUUGUUCCAACAAACACUCUGUGAACCAGUUGUGUUUUGGAGAAAUGAUGAAUCAGGCACAAUGAGAAAUGAGUCUGCAGUAGGUAUGUGACGUGCGUAUUUCCGUUCUUAUAGCGGAAUAUUUUUCAUCGACUAGCAGAGCCAAGUUCCACUGCAGCUGUAUUACUGGCAGCAGCAGCUUUAUACAUUUGAUUUGUACGCAGUCUCAGGUCAUGAAUGAUUGUCCUGUGUGAUUUGAGUGCUGAGGACAUGGUUAAGUGCUUGGCCCAUUUUGGUCUAGUAGCAAAUAACUAUAAAAAAGGAAAUUCUAGGCAUAAGUAGUUUUGCCAAUUCAUGAAGGGGAAUUAAGGUUUUUGCUACAGUUGAGCUUGUUCUCAUUUACCCAAAAGCUGUUUGUGCAGUUUCCAAAAUUUCUCCCAUUUUAAAGAGACGAUCAUAAAGGCAUCUUGCCAGCUGGGGAGUAGAAGACAGGUUUUAACUCCUGAUGGUUUGUAUAUAAGGACGUGAUAGGUAUGGUAUUAUCGCAUAGUUAUAGGAAAGUACAGUGCACUAAAAUGCGUUAGAGAAUGCCUGAUCAAAAUAUAUAGCCUGGAUGAGAUUGUAUGAUUAAAUUUAAUGAUGUGUGUAAAGUAUCCCCUGAUGUUUUUUUAGUGUUUCUGGUUAAAAGUAAUACAGUGUGCAUGAAUAUGAUGGUAAAUGUAUUUAACAUGAAUGACAAAGGAACAAUGUAUGAAGUCAGCAUAUUGUGUUUUACACAGAUAGAGUGUCUCGGAUUUUUUUUCCAGUUUCUGCACUGUAUCCAAUAUUCAGUACUAUCUCAGGUUGUUGGCAUCUUCAUCCUACUUCUAAAGUCUGGAUCAAUUUUUUUAUGUCAGAUUUUCAGAAUACUCCCAGCAGAGCCAUUACCUACUGUUUAGGUGAUUGUAUUUCUCCUUGUUAAAACCUUCAAAGCCCUCACACUUUCGGCCUUUAAGCACAUUUUGUUCUCUUUAGUCAGUGUUGUUGUUUACAAGCCAUUUCUGAGCAGUUUUGCCUUAGAACAUAGCACUGAAAUAGACUACAUGCUGGGGGAUUAACCUUCAAAAGCUGUGAGUAAUUCUGUUCUUAAAAAGCAAUGCAAGUGACUCUCUGUCUUCUUGUACUAGCUGUAUAUGAAAUUAACAACAAAGACAAAAGGAUAGCUGUUAAAGAUGCGCACUGAAAUCUAAGCAGUGCAAGCAUUUUCUUAGGCCAUCGUUCACUGCCACUGUCCAUUUGAUUUUCACUUUUAAAAAAGUAUCUCCAUAGGUGACUUUCAAGUAACCAAAUCUAUUGACCCAUCCUGAAGGCACUGCAUCUGCUACAGAUAGAUAUCAUUACAGGGAGAUUAAAAUGGUAGCCCAAGCAAGUCCGAGGGAUCUGUCCCAAACCUGUCACUGGCAGAGGUUUCCGGUUUGUUGAGAGUCUACAGCAUCUCUGCCUCUAAAAAUCCUGGCUUCUAACAAGGACUUGUAGACAUAAAUGGUGAAUGCCAUUAAAUCAGUACUCGUAAGACAAAUAACGAUAGAAGUGGAGGAAAUAUUCUAUGAAUAUAGAAGAUUCUUGUUCUAUUGAGCAAAGCAGCAAGAAAGUUCUGAUUAGCCUACACAUUCUGGACUGAGGGAGGAAAUACAGGUAAAAUUCCAGUUCCACUUUAUCUGCAUUCUGGUUUUGAUGCUCUCCAGUGGAGCACUGUCACGAGUGCUGACUGCAGUAGCAGUACCAAAUACACUGCUGGGAUCAUCACCUGAUCGAGCAUGGAUGGAAGUAGGGAAGGGAUUGGGACAGGGCCCUAGGAAAGAAUAUCCCAUGAACUUCAGCUUUUUAGGGAAAAAAAAAACACAAAAAACCCACAACAAAACAACAUUCACUUUUAGAACUAUUCCUCACCUCUGGUUUGUCAGUGUUACCGCAGUUUUUGCCAAUGGUGAAACAUUAAGAAUGCUUUUAUGGAGGGAAAUCGAACACUCAAGCUAAAGGCUGAGCUGGUUUUUAAAGGUAGACUUAAGCUGCCGUUCCAACUGCUGAUCUUGUCUCAAUAUACACUGUUAAAGUUACCACAGAACAAUCCAGUGGCCUGGUUUGAACCUUAUGAACAGGAACCGUCAGGCCCCAUUAUAUUCUACGUAAACCUAUAGAAGAUUAUGUCAUUUCAAAUUUGUUCAUGAUUCAAAAAAAGCUUAAAAAGGACAAAAACCAGGCUGCAUCCUGUGAUUCCAUCAAAGAAAGUGCCUUCUCAUGUCCACGAACACGUUACAUAGAGGCAGUAAUACAUAAUAAAUUUGUUAUAAAAAAUCAUACAGAAGUCAUACAAAUCAUCCAUGAUUCGCCAUGGCAGAGAACUACUGCUGUCACCACAGUCUUAUUCCCAUUUCUAAAGCAAGCAGUGGUGACGGGGUGAUACUGUGAUAUUGUGAAGCAAGUGUAGCACUUUGCCUUUGGCAAGGGAAUAGGCUAUAGUAGUCAAGAUAAUAUUAAGCAAUAACACUUUUCACCUAAUAAUACAGAUUUACAACACGAAACAGUGUUUGUGGUAAGAGGCAGAAUGCAUGUUUGAAGUGGAACACACAAACUCAUCGUGCAACUCUGUAGCCAAAUACCACGUUCAUUCAUCUUUCCUCUCAUUCCUGUUAGUUUCAGCUAAUAAUCAGCUGCAGUCUCGUGCUUUAUCCUAAUGCCAGUAAAACGUGAAAAAGCAAAAACCCCCACCCUACAGUAAUCUUUAACAUGCGUGGGUCAAUGAAUAAGAGCCAUGCAGGAAGCAUUUGUUGUUACUGAUAAUAAGUUCGUAUAAUGUUAUAAAAUUCAUCCCGUAAAUCUGGGCUUUUUAAUCAUAACUACUGGACAGCUCAGUUCACCUGACAUCACCUUUUGGAUUAUAUGUAUUAUAUGCAUCAAGACACUGUGAUCUUGGAUGGUUAACUUUACACAGCGCCCUGCAAGGCAGCGUACAGACUUCAGUCAAACUUUUUCUCAUCAGAUUUGUAAAAUGUUAGCGCAGUAAACACAGAGUUUGAUCUUUCAACUGCAUUGGAAUUGGUUUUGACUUGCGUCUAUUUCUACUGAUUGUGCUGUUAAAUUUAUUUGCAACUGCUUUUUUUUCCUGUUGUUGUUGUUGGUUUGUAUUUACACGCGUGGGAAUUUGGAUAUAGUUUUCAGUAUACCCAGCAGUGUCAUCUACACGGUUCACAGUGGAAAGCUUCGUGCAUCAGGAAAUACCCAGACAGCAGCUGCUGUGCCGCACCGCCUUUCUGAGGGUGAUGGUAAAGAGAGCAGGUGGUGCUGGAGCAUUUGGUACAAAUUGUAACAAACAUUAAAACAUGCCUUUGUGAAUUUAGAGCUGGAAACGUGUGUGUUUUUGUUAGCAUAA